AUGCUGUUACAGUUCUGUUUCAUAUUAUUGCAAUUUGUUAAGCCGACUUUCAACAAGGAGGAGACCGCUCGUCUAGUGCGUGCUACGAUGGUAGGCGAGGGCUUGAAAAUCAAUAUGGGCAGAUCGGCAUCGACGAUGUCGUCGACCACGCAGUUGCCGCGACCUUCUGGAGCGCAGCAACGCUAA